AAUCCGGAAGAGGAGCCGAAUCAACGCUUUUCUUCCACAUCUGUCGGAAAAUCUGAUUUAUGAAAGUUGAAUAGGUUAUCCUCUGGACAUAUUGGUUUCAUUUAUCUUCUCGUUACAGUUAAGUGUAUUAAAAAACUUCAAUGAGGAAACAGCGCAAGAAACAGUGAAAGUCGGUGGUGGUACAGUAGUAGCUUUUUACGGUUCGUUACUGCGACGAGAAGCUAAAACCAUUUGCAGCGUGCACAGAUUUGUCAGACGGUGAAUCAUGAGAAUAACAGGGCCGCUGCGAGCUGUGGUUGUGCUGCUUUUAGUGGGACUCAGCUGGCUACUGGCAAGUUCCUUAUUUGGAAGCGAUAGUGGAUCAUCUAUGUGGCAUUUCUUCAGUGGUGCAGUUGAAGAACCAACACCAGCAGAACCCCGCUCUCGAAGGCAUAAAUGUGGACUUUCAGCUCCCUGUCCCCCCAAACAUUUGGCUUUCCGUCUGGUUUCCGGUGCUGCCAAUGUUAUUGGGCCCAAAAUCUGUGUAGAGGACAAGAUGUUGGUGAGCAGUGUAAAGAAUAAUGUUGGCAGAGGACUAAACAUAGCUUUGGUGAAUGGGGUAACAGGCGAACUCUUGGACAUAAGGAGCUUUGACAUGUGGGCAGGAGAUGUUUCUGACCUGUUGAAGUUUCUCCGACCACUCCAUGAAGGCACACUUGUGUUUGUGGCUUCCUUUGAUGAUGCUGCUUCAAAGAUGAAUGACGAGUCACGGCGACUGUUUGAAGAGCUUGGCAGCACAGCAGUGAAGGAACUGGCCUUCAGGGACAGCUGGGUGUUUGUUGGAGCCAAGGGCAUAGAGAAUAAGAGUCCCUUUGAGCAGCGUAUGAAAAACAGCAAGAGCAGCAACAAGUAUGAAGGUUGGCCUGAGUCUCUGGAGAUGGAUGGGUGUAUUCCUCUGCGGCCCCCACUAGAAGGAUAAUUACCUUUAACAUCCUGCCUGCACCUCCGUCAUGAGUAAGCACAUAAAACAUGGUAAGACCUGGAGCAGCAGCAGUAAAUCUACAUGACUGUUGAGACCCAAGUUACUCCCAGUUGAAUAAAAAAUCUACAUAAUUUGGAUGAACAUCUAAGUCUAUUCCCACUGACCUAACAUUGUCAACUUUACUUGGUAUAUUUUAAGUCAUUGCUUGUUGAAGAUUUGUUUGUGGAAACAUUGUCAGACAAGUUGGAUAAAGUUAAUAUAAAAGAAUGUAUGUCGAAGUUAGGUGAAAUGUAAUAUACUGUAACCAAAGUGUAACAAUGAAUGAAUGACGAAUGAAUAGAACUGGAGCAGGUCUUCCAAAGAUGUGUAUUAAAAAGUAAAUUAUUAUCUGUACAUAUCCAGAUGUAAUCUUUCAAAUGAGCAAAAGAGUUAUGAAACAUUUUUCUAUAACCUUUCAUAUUCACAAGUUAAAGGAAAUAACUCACACAAAACCAAAGUUGUCAGUGCAGCCAACAUUUUGUCAUGGUUUAAAAGUCCUAAACAGCGAAUUGGAGUACAGAUUUUGUAUUAUAUGUGUUUAUAUAUUUUCAUUAAGUAUGACCUGCAAUCUUUUCCAUAGAACGUGAUGAAAAGAUAGGUAUUGCUUUCACAGUUGACAGCAUUUACAAUUUGCUUGAAUACCUUUGGAAUGAUGAAACUAUUUACACUCACUCAACACUGCAUGAUCCAUCUGUGGAUUUAUCAUAUCAUUUAUCACCUUUGUUCAUAAAAUGGGUUAAUUGUAGAAAAUCACUUUAUUUUCUGCUUUUUAUAGUUGCAUAUUUAUGGAUUGUCAUGCUAAAUAUGCCCAAAGCCUUACAGUUCUGACUGUGUCAAAAUUUACCUUCAGUUGUGCAGUUGUGGCACAGCUGGUUUUACAAGAUUAGAACAUCUUGCAUGAUGCUUGCUUUGUAAACGACGUCCACUGAGCCGGUGUGUGCGACACACCCACUGUGUGUUAAACAGGUUGUUUUUGUGAGCCCUGAAAUUCCUGUUUAGUUUUUUUUUUUUCUUGUUUCUUUUUGACACAUUGCCUCAGUGUCCAUCAGGUGCUUUGACUGCACACUAUUUGUUUUAAGGCACGUAAUGACCUAUACAGGUGCACCUAAAAAGAAACACUAGGAUUCAUGAAAAAAAUUAAAUAAUUUUGUCAGAUAUUUCAGAAAGUGAAAUUUUUAUGUAUUCUAGGAUCAUUAAAUAGAAACUAAAAUGUUUCAAGCUAUUUUUUUUAUUUAUGCACUCAGUAUUUGGUUGGGUAACCUUUUGAAAUAAUUACUGCAUCGGUGCUGUGUAGACUGGAGGUGAUCAUCCUCUGGGACUGCUGAGGUGUUAUGGAACAGCAUAUUGCUUUGAUUGUGGCCUUCAGCUCAUCUAUAUUGUUUGGUCUGGUGCCUCUCAUCUUCCUUUUGACGGUACCUCACAAAGAAUCUGAGGUAUUGUCUAUAGUGCCAAUCAAGCACAAUUAUACCAUGGUCAGCAAACCGGUUACUAUAGUUUGGCACUAUUGGUAGGUGUGAACUCCUUGCUAGAAAAGGAGAUCGGUAUCUCCAUAAUGCUUGUCCAUAGAUGGAAACAUGAGUGCUCUAAAAUCACCUGGUAAAUGACUAGAUGAUAGAGAUGACUGUGUUGACUUUGGACUUGAUAAAACACAGUGGACCAACACUAGCAGAUGGCAUGGCACUUCAAAUCGGCAGACUGUAGAAACUUCACACGAAACUUCAAUCAACUUGGAUUCUGUGUCUCUGCAUUGUUCCUCCAGAGGUUGGGAACUUGAUUUGAAAAUGAAAUGCAACAUUUGCUUUCACUUGAAAAGAGGACUUUAGACCACUGAAGAAAGGUUCCGUUCUUGUUCUCUUUUGCUUUGGGAAGGCAAUUCUGACAUUGUAUCUGGUUCAGGAGUGACUUCAGACGAGGAAUGCAACACUUGUAGUCCAUUUUCUGUACAUGUCUGAGCAUGUUGGUGACUCUAGCCUCAGUUAUCUCCUUAUAAAGCUCUGCCAAGUUUGUGAAUCUUCUCAAGUCUGCGGUCAUCCCUGCUGCUUGUGCAUCUUUUCCUACCAUCCUUCCAGCUAACUUUCCAUGAAUAUGGUUUGAUAUAGCAUGACCUUUUGUGCAUACCCUCCCUGUGGAGGGUAUCAGUGAGUGUCUUUUGGACAACUGUGAAGAUCUCAGUCUUCCCCAUGUUUAUGAUUGUGUGUACUGAACAAGACUGACAGAUUCAUGGUAGUUAUAAUGCAUAAAUUAAAUAAUAAAAAUGCUUGAAACAUUUUUGUGUAUAUGUAUAACAAUAUUAAUAAUAUGACCCCAAUUCCAAUGAAGCUGGGACAUUGUGUAAAA